UAUUAGGAUUGUUUUGCAGUUACAGCCAAGGUCAGAGAUUGUCUUCUCCGGGCAUGUCGGCAUCUCUACAAAUCUAAAACUCUCUCUCUCUCUCUCUUUGACCCGAAACCGACCUUGUUCCUCCUCACCGUUUUACAGCCAGCGAUCAUGUCAGACGCUCUGAUCAAUGGACUUGCUGGCGCCGGCGGUGGAAUAAUAGCUCAGACGAUCACUUUUCCUCUUCAAACAGUGAAUACAAGGCAGCAAACAGAAAGAGAUGAGAGGAGGAAUGAAGGAACUAUAGAGCAAAUGUAUCAGGUUGUAAAGAGAGAAGGUUGGAAUCGGCUAUAUGGUGGCUUAACACCGUCAUUAGUUGGUACAGCUGUAUCUCAGGGUGUCUACUAUUACUUCUAUCAAAUAUUCAGAAACAGAGUGGAGGCCACUGCCCUUGAACGUAAAAUAAGGGGUAUUGGUGAUGGAUCUGUGGGGAUGCUCUCCUCGCUUGCCGUGGCUGCACUAGCUGGGUGUACAAAUGUUCUGCUGACUAAUCCAAUAUGGGUAGUGGUCACUCGCAUGCAGACUCAUACAAAAAAAACUCAACCUGGAAAUGCUCCAACUAUUGACUCAGAAGGUGCUGUUCUAGUCAAGAAGGAGCAGUUGCCCUUCGGAACUAGCAAUGCUAUUCAAGAAAUCUAUGAUGAAGCUGGACUAUGGGGAUUCUGGAAAGGUGUCUUCCCAACAUUAAUAAUGGUCAGUAACCCCUCAAUACAGUUCAUGCUAUAUGAAACUAUGUUGAAGAAACUGAAGGAAAGGCGUUCCUUGAAUAAGAAAAGUGGUGUCACAAUAACUGCUCUGGAGAUUUUUCUCCUUGGAGCUUUGGCCAAACUGGGAGCAACUGUUGUAACAUACCCCCUUCUUGUUGUCAAGUCACGACUUCAAGCAAAGCAAACAACUGGUGGAGACAAAACGCGUCAUUAUAAGGGUACGCUUGAUGCGAUAAUGAAGAUGAUACAUUAUGAAGGGUUGUACGGGUUCUAUAAAGGGAUGAACACGAAGAUCGUCCAAAGUGUUCUUGCCGCUGCUAUACUAUUCAUGGUUAAGGAAGAAAUUGUGACAGUAGUUCGUCGGGUGUUAGUUAAGGAGUCCAAACAUGGUGGUCUCAAGCGAUGAUGAAUUAAAAACAUUGCUACUACCCAUUGCUAUUCAGAUUUAACAGAUGAUGAUGAAAUUAGGUCUUUUCUACUACUUUGGGAUGUCUGUUUCUUGUCUGUUUGGGGCUCUACUGAAUAAGAGCUUUUGAUGAUCGAAAAUGGAGGUCUAACUAGCUUUUUAAGUUAGGGCAUCAUUUUUCUUUCGGUUUGUAGAAAAUGGAGGAAAACAUAAUUGUAGUACCUGAAUCUUAAAGUUCAAUAAUGAGUCUCAAA